AUGGCCCCGGCCACCGACUCGAAAGCGGCCUCGGAGCCGCCUAAGCUCUCUGAUGUCAAGGACCUUAUCGACGAGAGUACUUUCGACCAGAUCCUAGAGAUGGAUGAUGAUGAGGACCGUGACUUCAGUAAGGGUAUUGUCUAUGGCUUCUUUGACCAAGUGGAAAGCACAUUCCAGAAAAUGAAAGAUGCGAUCAAAAACAAGGAGUUGGAAGAGCUCUCAGCUCUCGGCCAUUUUUUGAAGGGUUCUUCGGCCACACUUGGCCUGACUACCAUCAAGGAUGGAUGCGAGAAGAUUCAGCACUACGGUGCUGGCAAGGAUGAAUCAGGCACUACCGAUGAGCCUGAUAAGGCUGUUUCGCUGAAGAACAUCGAUGAUACCCUGAAGGAAGUGAUUGCCGAGUACGCGAAGGUCGAGAAGUUCCUGCGUCGGUUCUUCGGUGAAGAGGUCGCCGAAGAGGAAGCUCCAAAAGAGGAGAAAGCGCAAGAGAAGAAGGAGAAAAAGGAUGACAAGGACAAGGAGAAGAAAGACGACAAAGAAAAAGAGAAGCCCAAGGCCAAGGAGGACGAAGAAGAGCCGAAGAAGAAGUAG